UUACUCUGGAAUCGCUAUUGAACCGGACGAGUCGUAACGAGUGCGUUGAGUCGACAGUGUUGUUGCGUGCUUGCUCGAAGACUCGCGAUAUCUCACGCGUGCCCUAGCGCCUUCAUCGCGUCGGUCGUCGCCGCUGCGAUCCUACCGCCGGCGAUCGAUCGCCAUCCAUAUUCGACUGUGCAUCCGCAUCAACACAGUUUUUUAGAAAUUUAAAUAUGUCUGGAGUUAUUGAAGGCCAGACUCGGCAAGGCAGACCUGCACUUCCUUUACAACCCAGAGGUCCUCCUUCAAUUGCUCGCCUGCGAGAGCCUGUGGACCGUGAGAAGACAUGCCCUCUUUUACUUCGAGUUUUCACGAAGAGUGGCGGCCACCAUCCGGCGGAAGAUUUUGCUGUGCGAGGAAAGGAGCCAAAAGAUGAGGUCCAGAUUUAUACAUGGAAGGAUGCGAAUCUCCGAGAACUUACCGACCUCGUCAAGGAGGUUUCUCAAGAAGCAAGGAAACGAGAUGCCAAGCUCUCAUUUGCGUUCGUGUACCCAGAUAAAAAUGGUCGUUUCGUGGUGCGACCGGUGGGCAUGACCUAUUCCUACGGGAAUGGCAGGCGACUUGACGAUGCAAAGACUCUCGCGGAACUUGGCUUUCAGAUUGGAGACUACUUGAGUGUUGCAAUCCUUUAGAAGAGACUUGUGCUAAUCUGUCUUAGCAGAUGAAUUUCUUCUCAUGGUCUUGUGGAUUGUUUACUUGAAUUGCUCUCGUCGGUGAUGUUUCGUCAUAAACUUUCAAAUUCCAAGGCUUGUUCUUCGGCUUUUAUUAACAAUCUAUGACAACGAAAAACUUCUAAGAUUGCACA